AAAUUUUUUACAGGAUUUUAUCAUAUUAAAAGUUCAAUCUAAUUUGAAUGAAAUAACUCCUGAUAAUAAUAUACCUUCAAUAACUGAGCAUUUUAAGGCAUUGCCAAUAGACACUAUUGAACGUCUAGAGAAAACAAUUGAUUUAGUUUUUGAAAAGGCAAUAGAAGAAGAAUUUUUUGCACAUCUAUGUUCAAUUUUAUGUUCAGGUAUGCAAUUAGUAAAAGUUAGUACUAAAGAUGGCAAAACAGUAUCUUUUAAAAAAUUAAUAAUAAGUAAAUGUCAAAGUUCCUAUGAAUUACACGAAGCCCAAGAAAUAGAUGCUGCUAAGAAACUCACUGAAAUCAAUUCUUGCAAAGAUCCAGAAAAGAAAAAAGAACUUCAACUUGAAUUUGAAUUUGAAAAAAAUGAAAGAAGAUUACGCAAACGUUCUUUAGGAAAUUGCCGAUUUAUGGGUGAAUUAUUUAAACAAAAAAUUCUUACUCCAAAUAUUAUGUUGUAUUGCAUUGUGCAUUUAGUCACUAAACAUGAUGAAGAAUCACUUGAGUGUCUAUGCAUUUUAUUAAAGAUAGUUGGAAAAGAAUUAGAACAAUUUUAUGAUUUAAAUCAUACUUUUGACAAAUUAACAGCUUUAACAUCCAGUGACAUGGAAUCCAAGAUUUCAUCUGGAAUACAAUUCAUGAUACAGGAAGUCAUCGAUUUACGUAGGCAUAAAUGGAUAUCUGAAAAACAAGAUUGUCUUCGAGGUGGUGGAUAUAAAAGUCACCAUAUAAAUGAGAAUAAGUGGAAUGUUGUUCAAAAUAAUACAAAGUAUAAGCAACCAAAUUACCAAAUUGACCAAUCCAUAGGACAACGUUUUAAGGAAAACACAUCUGUUACAACCUUGGGCCCACCUACAUGGUUAAUGGAACCAUCAACUUCGCCACAUAUUAUGUCAAAGAAAACCACAGCACAGAAGCUUCUGUUUCCUCAACCCAUUUCUUUAAUAAAUUCUUCUAAUUCAUCACAACUUAAAGGAACUGUUGAAAAACCAGUGUCAGAAUUGGACUCAAAAAUGGCUAAUAAAAUUAAUAUGAAAUGUAAAAACAUCCUUAUUGAAUAUGAGCAAGUGCAAAAUUUAGAUGAUAUAAUUUAUUCAUUAUCGGAAGAUGAAACUUCGGUGAUCCGCACAAGGCAUGAAGAGUUUGUAACAUCAAUUUCACUUAUAACUUUAGAUAGUAGUCCAAUUACCCGAACAACGAUAGCAGGAAAAAUUUUUGCAAAACUUUUAUCUAAGAAAAUUCUUUCUAUGGUUGCCAUAACUCGAGGAAUUGAUGCUGUUCUUAAAGAAUGGAAUGAGUAUUUGAUGGAUUAUCCUCAAUUUUUCUCCUAUAUUGCUGCCAUUAUUGCUCCAUUAUUAUUAUCACAGAAUGCUUCCUUUGAUUUUAAUAAUUUAAAAGAUUCUUGUACAUCAAUACGACCUGACAAUUCUAGUACAUUUUUUACAGAAGUAUUAAAUAAAGUUCUUAGUUCCAAAGAAACGCAGAACAUUAAAGAACAACUAGGUGGUAUAUUGUGGAUUUACAACAAGUGGAUGACGUCAGAAUAUGUUCCUCUUGACGUAUUUAUGCCUAAUAACCAAAUAAAUAAAUAUUUUAAAAAUGAUCGAAUUGGAAUAUUCCUUUUAUCUAUUGCCAUGUAUGAUAAAAUGAAGAUGACUGAUAGUAAACCUCUGUACGAUGUAUUGCACAGUUGGAUAAGUACUAAUAUCAGUGCUGAAAUAAUAAAAUGCCCUCAGUUUGUGCGAGCAUUAACUAUAGCCAUUGUCAUUGUAUGCUCUAAACCGAAACAUUCAUAUGGAGAUUUCUUUGAUCAUGUUCAUGUGAAAUUGUUGACCUGUUAUAUUCGGUCUGAACCGCUUCCGGAACCUGAAAUCCAGGCAAGGGAAGUACAAUGUCUAUAUGGCAUUCAAAUUAUGUCUGCUGCGCUUGAACAUCCUGGAGGAAUGGUAUUAAGACUGUUCCAUAAGCUCUAUCAGGAUAGUGUUAUAAGUAAAGAAUCAUUUGAAUUAUGGAAAAAAGAAGAUGAAUUCAAAGCUGGAUUCGAUGAAGACCUAGAAACAAAAACUAUGGCUGUAGUAGUUUUAAAUUCAUUCUUCCUUUCACUUGCAGCAAAUGAUUCUGAUGAGGAAGAAACAGCUGAGUAGU